AUGAAACAACAAAACAUUAUAGAAGAGAAUAAGUUUGAUCAUCCGUUAGCGGAAACUUUUACGUUGAUCCAGUCUAACUUAUUUGAACGAGAAGACAUUACAAUUUUUCAUUACUUAAAAGGAUGUAAAGGAGCCAUUUACGAUCUGGCCUUUAACUCUUCAUUAACGAGCAUCUGCUCUGCUUCCGACGACAGAACUAUAAGAGUUUGGGAUUUAAGAAAUUUAACAGAGGAUAAGAAUUCAAAGCAUUGCAGCUUCACUAUUUAUGGUCACGAGGCACGUAUAUGGAAAGUUACGUUUUUGGACGAUCACAUUGUAAGCGUUGGAGAAGAUUCCAAGGUUUGCAUCUGGGCGCCUUCAUGUGAACUUAUUAAAAGCUGGACGCCUCACUCAGGAGGAAUUCGAGCGCUUUGUUCUUCAUUGGACAAUAAAUAUAUAAUAACGGGCGGUGAUGACCACGUGCUCGCUGUGUGGAACGUUGAAGUGAUACUGAAGGAAAAUGAAGCUAAAAUACUAAAAAUCAAUUUAAACUGCAGUGCCUUUAAUAAUGAUAAAGUUCGGACCGUGCAUAUCCUCAGCCCAAACUCUUUAGUACUCACUUCAAAUAAAGGCAACCUUUAUAAAGCCGAAAUAAAUAUAGACGGAACCUGUCUAGUAACCCCCAUGGCGAAACACAUUCUCAGCCAAUCAGAAAGCGGCUUCUCUAACUCCUGUGAACUCGCCAAUGACUUUUCACCUUCCUGUUCAAGGGCGAAUAGAACUUCUAACAUCAGUAAAGUUCUACUCUGCCGGAGUAGACGUUACCUCGCUAUUGGCGAAAGAACUUACGAUGAUGAAAAUGUCUGCUGGCUUUCCUGGCACAAGACAACCGAAAAGUCUCUCGAGCUGUUUUCCUCCAAUGCUAGAGCAGAAUUUAAGUGGUGGAAGAUUCGUAUUUGUCAUUCGACCCAUCACGCUGGGUUGGUGUUAACACAAUCGUUGGAAUAUUUGCCGUGUUCUGCUUGUUUGUACGUUAUAACAACUACUCAGAAGAUACUGUUAGCAGGAGAUAAGCACGGAAAUCUCCACGUAAUAUAUUUAAAAAAGAACGAACUGGGGACCACUGAAGAAGGCUUAAACCGACCAGGAUCCAAAUACGCCGUCAAGCAAUACAAAAUACUAAAAGUUCACAACAAACAAGCAAUACUGAAUAUUUUAUGCGUUACUCAACAACAAAAAGUUUUUACGUGUGGCAGGGAUGGUUAUCUAUGCGAGCUCAAAUGGCUCAAUAAUAAAAGUGAAAUUCAUUAUGAUGAUGAGGAUAGUAGUAGUAAUGUUAAUACUGACACGAAGCAACUAGUUUGUUUUAAUAAAAUACGCCCUUUUUCACAGUCUGCUCAGCUCUUGGAUAUACUCUGGGACGAUUGUGACCUUUUAUUGUGUGGGUUUGUGGGGGCUACCUUUCAAGUAUACAAUCGAAGUAGCAAUAGAAAAUUGUGGGAGGUUACUUGCACUGGAAGUCAUCGCUCUUUGGACUUUUUGAUAAAAAAGCUGGCUGAUGAGCACUUCUUUGCUUUUGCGUAUAUUAAAAAUCACGAAAUUCAUUGGCUUUUUGACGACCAACCCCAAUCGCCUUUUCUCUUCCAAAAAAAGUUUCACCAUCGUCGUAUUACUUCGGUGAAGGCGUUGCCACUAAACUCGGAAGAAGAUGAAUUUAUAUACUGCAUAACUGGAGGAGAAGACUGUUGCUUAUAUAUAUCGGAGCUGAAGAACCCGCCAACCACCGUGGCGCAUAUAGAAACACCCGGCCAUACCAUUCGUGCAAUUUCUAUCUGCCGCUGUCCUAAAGAAAAAAGCCUCUUUUUUUCGGACUGCCUCGUCUUUUGGGGAGGGAGUAAAGGGUAUCUGGACGCGUGCAUGCUUACUUUGAAUAAUGUUACAAAACUUUUGGAAGUUAAGCAUUUAGGACUAAACCUAAGGAAGCCAAAGGAAAAAGUAGCCGGGCGUAUUAUGGCUGUAGUGUCUUUCCCCACUUCAGAUAAUAAGCUAUCUAUCAUUACGGCUUCUUCAGGCGGAAGACUUUCCUUUUACGCGUUCGAUGCAAAUAAUGGAAACGUUGAUAUACAACUUUAUAACCACUACCAUGAGCGCUGUAUUCUGUGCUUAAAACUCUGUGAACUGCCCAAUAAGAAACGAUAUCUGUUUUCAACAGACACUGGAGGACGAAUAGCGCUUUGGGAUCUCUCAAAUUUGUCCUCAUUGAAUUACGCCUCCCCGUUAUAUAGCGUCACUCUCCACCAAUCUGGCGUCAACUGCCUCUCCACUUUGCCUCUUACUGGCGAAGACUAUAAAGAUAACCACUUAGUAUUGGUGGUUACUGGUGGGGACGACAAUGCUCUUUGUGCAGUUAUAGUAGAAUUUAGUGAAAAUAAUAUUAAUAAUGACAAAGCACGUAGCUUUUGUACAGUAAAAACUAAAGCAAUUGUCAGAGAUGAAGCUGCCCACGCAGCAACUAUUACUGGCCUUUGCUUGCUCGAGCAUACAGAGGAGGGCACUUUCUUAAUUUUAACCGCUUCGGCCGAUCAAAGGACGAUACUGCGGAAGCUCGUUUAUAAUUUUUUGCUGCAAACUUUACAUUUUACUUAUAUUUCAGGCCGACUUGCGGAUAUUAGUGACAUUGCUACUAUGGAGCUUUUAAGCAAUGAGAAAUUCAUUAUUGUUGGUAACGGACUUCAAACUUUUCAAGUGUUGAAAGAAACAAAUCUGUUUAAAUUGAAGGAGCUUGCAGAAAGGGAAUCCAAAUUUCCAAAUUGUUAUAAAAUAACGCGUUAUAAUAAAAAAAAGUGA